GAGGUGUGAAAAUGUCUUAGUGUGCACAGAGAAAAUUGGAGAAAAGCAUUGACAAAAAUUUCUAAAAAGAUGGUGUUCUUAAAGGGCCGGAUGACAAUGGAACAAUCUCAAAAUGUCUGGGACGUAAGCAUUCCGAUAGUUCAUAGGUAAGGACUGGAUUUUUCAGUUAUGACAACUUGAUUACUUUCUAAGGAUCCAAAGUGCACUACACCCCAUUUGUCACUGAAGUGGCAAGUGAAUGGGAAUAAGACAGACACAUGUGGUGUAACUAUCUUUGUUUCUGUGCUUAAUUCUGCCUGCACAUAGCAUUUAGCAUUUUUUAGAUGAAUGUGAUCCCACACCUGAUAGAUAAGCAAAUAGUUCUCCAGAACAUUCUUUAGAAGCUCAUGUCACUGUUACGCAAGAGUGUGGUACAACACACAUCCUCUUGAAUGCUGAACACCAGGUAAAUACAAAUGUUUGUUAUACUGAGUAGUAGCAAAGGAGUUCAUCAUCUCAUAAGCAUCUAAAGACUUGCUAUGAGGAAAAAUGUUGCAUGAGACAUUUCAAUACAUGUCUGACAAUGUUGAGCUGUGACAUUCCUAAUCUGCAGUAAGCAGUCGACCUCAACAAAUCUUGACUACAGUUCAGGUGAGAAAAAAUGCCCCUCUCUGUAAGAUAUGAGCUACAGACUGUGAGCAAGGACUUUGGCAUGUCGACCCUUUUGAAAUAAGAGGCCUGGAAAUGGGUACUGUAACUGUAAAGUCAGAGUCCUGUAAGAAGGUGUUAGUCAGACUAAAUUGCAGUGAGUAGACCCUUGUUAUGCAAAGUCCGCAUGAACCUGCUUUGUCUCAGAGGCUGGUGUCAUUGCUGACUUCAGAAAACCCGCCAAAAUCAGGAAAUCUACCGCGGAGAGUCGUUAAGUCGUUACGGAAAUCGCACACCUCCCAUACCCCAAUGCCCCCCCCAACCCCCAAUUAUAACUCCAGGCAAAAAAAAAAGAAAUGCUAUAAAAGGAAUGGUUUUUGCUGCACUAAUGCUGCAAUAGCUUGUGGCUGAUUCUUGUAGUUCCCACCCCCUUCAGUAUGUGGGUGGGAUUAUAUUGUGUGGACUAUGCUACUACUCUUUUAUCCCCACCCCCAUCCAAACCCCCACCCCUUCCACUUCUGUGAAGAGAGCUGCACAUUGUACCUGGAAGCCACAUCUCAUCACACCUGCCUGCACUCUCACUGCCAGGGAACUUUCAGACUCAAGCGAGCCUUUACGGUCUUAGGCGACGUGGUAUGACUUUGAAUUGCAGAGUACUGGACUGCCGAGUUACAACUCUGGGGGAGGAUAUGUACACAAGCUGCAUUUAGAACCUGCAAGAGAGAAGAUCUAACGAUUUACCGCUUUUGACUAACACUCCUGCCACUGAGAUCCGUGCCACUCGCUGUAAGAUGGAACACAAUCUCUGAGCCAUCAUCAAGCUUGUGCUACGAUCCCCUCAGUUAUCCUGACUGACUUUCACCUAAGUCGCCACCCCUACCUCAAGAUGCCUUUGAAGACAUCACUAUACCUGAAGUCGAACACACUGCGUUCCAGGAAGUCAAAGCGCAGGGAGCCGCUGUCUGUCAACAUGAUCAGCCAACCACUUGGUGACUUCCGUCACCUUUCCCACAUCGGGAUGGACUCCCAUGGCGAUGCCUUCGGUGACCUCUCCUUCCUGAAAAGAGUGAACAGCCUGCCCAACGAGUCUCAGCUCAACAAACUGGGGCUGGACCCAGACAACGUCCCACCGCCACCUAAACCCCCCCGCCUCGAAUCUGGGGAAGACGCAGAGCCCCAGGGUCGCCACGGUAACCAGAGGCAUAAGAAGUGCCACUCACUGCCUCUGCUGGACAGUAUAGAGGCAGAUGAGCUGUCCUUGGUGGAAGAUCAGCCAGGCUUCAUGGCUGAAAGGGAGGCGGAGCCCACUCAGGAUCCUCCCCCUGAGCCCCCUGCUCCUGAGGACGACCCCCCCUUCUCUCUCAAUCUGGACCUAGGCCCCUCCAUCCUGGAUGAUGUCCUGAGGGUGAUGGACAAACUCAGGCAGUGAUGCUAUCUCUGGUUUCUUACCUACACUAGGUGGUGGGCUUAUUUCUCAGUUGCCAGGAAACAGUAGCCAUAGUGUGCAAUUCUCCUUAUCCAUACUUUUGUAUGAUCUGUGCUUGAUCCUAAUGUGAACUACUGUUGGCUGGCUGAGAGGAAUGAUGUGAGACACUAUUUGCUGGCUGUAGUGAUGCAAGCCACUAUUGGCUGGCUAUUUGGAGUGAUAUGAACUAUAGUGUUGGCUGGCUAAGUGGCAAGGGAGUAUUCUUUCCUUUUUCCAAAAGCAUACUGUCAACAUUUGACCUCUCUUGCGGAACUCUCAAAUUUCCACUGAACACCUGGAUCACCAUUGCAAGAUAAUCACAUGACACACUGAGAUAUGCACAGUGAAAAAUAAGUUUUGAGAGUUUUUAUGUGGACAUACAUGUGUGGUGAUUGUCACACACAAUGUUUGGACUGCAGCUUUAAAGACUGUAGAAGAGGUCAGAGACAGCCACUCUCAUGAUAGUAACCUAUUUUAGAUUUAAAACAUGGAUUUAUCACGGAGAUACCAGGAACAGCUAAUGCUCUUAUUGAUGGAAUCUAAAACUGUACAUUAAAACACAAUAAUAUGACAGCAAUGCCAAUUUGUGUUGUUCCUCUUAAAACCUUCCACGGGGACGAGUAGAAUGAGGAUGUUUAAGUACAGUAAGCUAACAGUUGAGCCUUUAUGGAGUUCCUUCAAAAUAAUUUUUCAUACACAGCUUAAGGGUGGUAAAGAGUAGAAAUGCCAAACAAUAUUAACAGUGUUCAAAUGGCACUAUUUCAAACCCAGGAGGUCAACAUAAGCUAGACCAUGGUUAAUUAAUGAACCAGCUUAUGUUACUAAUGACUUCACUGAGCAAAAAUACCACCGCAGGUAAGACAUGAACUUUACCCUGUUAAAACAUACCCCUUCCUGCUAUCCUGUUAAAUGAUUGUUCCAAAGGUUCAAAGACAAACCCUCUGUACAAAUAGGUGCCUGUAUAUGCAAUCAAGACAUUUCAGUGCUUUGAUUAUAACUGUAUGUGUCAAGGUUCAACAUUUUUUAGUUUCUUAGGUACAGGGGGACAUUUCAAUGUAAUACUCCUUGGGAACACAUUAAAAUUAAAUGUGCCACUUAUAUGAA